UCCGACUCAUAAACCCCAAUGGGUCCCGGAGGGGGUGCAGUGAAGCCAGGGCGCUUCUUCGGGGUCUACCUGCUCUACUGCCUGAACCCUCGGCAUCGAGGCCGAGUCUACGUCGGGUUCACGGUUAAUCCUGCUCGUCGAGUCCAGCAGCACAACGGCGGUCGCAAAAAGGGCGGGGCCUGGCGGACUAGCGGAAGAGGGCCGUGGGAGAUGGUGCUCAUUGUGCAUGGCUUCCCAUCUGCUGUAGCAGCUCUUCGGUUCGAGUGGGCCUGGCAGCACCCGCAAGCCUCGCGCCGCCUUGCACACGUGGGUCCGCGCAUGCGCAGUGAAGUAGCCUUCGAUUUCCACCUGCGCGUGCUGGCGCACAUGCUGCGUGCGCCGCCCUGGGCGCGUCUCCCGCUCACACUGCGCUGGCUACGCCAGGACUUCCGCCGAGAUCUUUGUCCUCCGCCGCCGCCGCACGUGCCACUGGCCUUUGGGCCACCGCCGCCUAAGGCCUCGGCCCCCAAGCCCAGGGCUGUGCCUGUAGCUGACAAGCCUGACCAAGGCUCUGAGACCGGCUGCACCCUCUGCGCAUGUGCGUUCCAGGAUGAAGAGGGGCCCCUGUGCUGCCCCCACCCUGACUGCUCCCUCAGGGCCCAUGUAAUCUGCUUGGCAGAGGAGUUCCUUAGGGAAGAACCAGAGCAGCUUUUGCCCCUAGAAGGCCAGUGUCCUUGUUGUAAGAACUCACUGCUCUGGGGAGACCUGAUCUCACUGUGUGGAAUGAGCACUGAGGAGGAAGAGGAGGACUCAGAAUUAGAACAGGAACACUGGACAGACAUGUUGGAAACCUGAUGCUCGGUGUCUCCAACCCAGCUACCUUUUUGUCCCCCUUGUCCAUGGUCUGGGCUGUUUUUACUUGAAUAAAAUAAAAAGUCUGACUUUGGGGUA